AUGGAUAUUAAAAAAGUCGUUAAAUUUCAACACGAAGUGUUCGAUAACCUCAACAUAGCUUCUAACUUCUACACCCAGAGUGCAGUAUUUUGGAAUAAAUAUCAAAUAUUUUUCUACGAAGACCUCGAUUAUGAAACCCUAAGAAAAAAGUCCCAGUGGAUUUACGUUUCAGAAUUUAUAAUAGUUCAACUAAUAUUAUCAAGUAAUCAUAUCAUAUGUUUAGAUAGCUGCGGUGAUCUUUACAUAUCUCCGUUGAAGUUUAAAUUGAAGAAUGUUACAAGUAAUUUUCAAAAACGUGAAAAGGAAAUUGUGGGGUUAGCCUCGGGCACCUUGAUUAAGAUCACUCUAAGCAGAGAACAUAACAUACCCGAUAUCAUUCAUUUGAACAAAGCAAUUGCAAAAUUUACUACUUUCAAUGAAACUAUUAUAUAUUCUGAUGGUAUUAGUUUGUGGAAGGCGGAUCAAACAUUUUCUGAAACUUAUAAAACAUUCCGAGAGUUUAUAGUAAAACAUGUCAAAGAUUUCAUAAAGGUAGAUGAUAAAAUUGUCUGUGUAACAUACUCGAAGAUGAUUUAUUUCUUGCCAUUAGAAGAUGAAUUGUCUUAUGUACAAAUACCAACUGUGACUGAUUAUUGCCCAUCAAAACAUAUGUACAAUCAUGUUGAAUGCUUGUACCAAGUAAUAGAUGAAAUUUCUAAAAAUGAUUCGCUCGCUCAAGCAGUGGCAAAGCAAGAAAAAUACAUCACAGCAUUGGCUUUGUCUAAUAGAACAGAUCUUGUGGAAGGAAUGAUUCAAUGUAAAAUUAAAGUCUAUGAUAAAUAUGAGGAUAUAUUAAAAGAAGCAAUUCCUUUGUUAGUCACAAGUAACAUUGGAGAAUAUUUUGAUACCCACACAUUUUACUUUCUUAUUGAAGUAGCUACAUCAACUACUCUAGAGCAAAAAUAUAUCGAUGUACUCUCUAAUCUGUUUGGCAAUCUUCAGAUUCAUGUUACACUUUUGUCUGAGCAGAAGGUUUUAAAAACAACCAGCGUUAAAAUUAACGAAUAUCUGCGAGAACUGAAUAUUCUUGUACCUUUAAAUGCACAAAUGUUAAAUUUAACAUACGUGAAUGUUAACAUCAAUCUAGUAACACCUGUGCCUGGGGCUUUAAAUGAGAGUGAGACGCUAUGGGCUAAUCUACAUAACCAAACGAUAAUUUUGAAUUCGGAACAAUUCAUCGAAUGUGAUUACCCCAGCAAUGACAUUGAGUAUACAAAAAAAACAAAAAAAUCUAUUAAGGAAUUAAUUUUUGAAACGACACGCAAUCAUCACGGGCAAUUGUUUAAGAUCAAUGAAGUUCCAGAAGUUAAACCCAUAACUUGGUACUUUUUAGUCAAAUUACCGAGACACUUUGAGGAUUCAUUUACAAGCGGAAGUUAUUGUUUUGAAAUUUUCAGUGAAACCAAAGCAAACUAUUUAUUAAGUGAAAUAAGUUCUGACGAAUUUCUGAGAUCAAAGAAUGUACUUUGCUGGUCAGUAGGAAAUGAGAGGUCCCAAGAAAAAUUAUUCAAAAAGUGCACAAAGGAUAAUCCUUCAAUUGUAGACUUUGUUAAUAUUUUCCACCGAUACCAAAAAACUGUUAUGGGUGCUAUAGCGAUAUAACAGCAUUGUUAAAAUACCUAGUCAAUUUUUUUAUCACAAAACACGAAAGUAUCUAUUAUAAUAUAAGUGCUAAAAGUGCCAUGUAAGUGUCAUUAAAUGAAAUAAAAUCUUAAAUGUUAUUC